AAUAAAAAAAACAAUGAAUUCCAAUAAUAAACGUAGUGUCAACAAAAUUGUUCAUUUCGUGUCUAUAUUGCAUUCAUUUGUUUCGUUCCCUUCAUUCCCGCUCGGCUGCGGUGGGCAACGGGUGCCUCCUACGGAUCUAAAUUUAAAGCUCUUUAUUUAAUUCUUUUAAUUAAAAAAAAAUUAAAAUGCACUACCUCAGUGACUAUAGCAGUGGCAGCGGGACGUCUUUAGAUUCGUACUCGUGGGGCGGCAGUCAAUCGCUGCCGACUCCUCAGAGUCAAUUAUCGGCGCUGGACCAGACGGCCCGAGGCAGAUCUGUCAGCUACGCAGAUGUGAGUCACCCAGCCAGGACUCACAUAGAUAGAGUGAUGGAAGAAUUUCGUCUGAACGGCGUCGACUCCCCCUACGAUCCAGACUCGGACGGCUCCAACAGACGAGCUGCAUCGAUGGUGCUGCAACCUAGCGCGUAUCUCAGCAAGACGACACGUGCGGCGCACCACACCGCCCACCAGAUGUCGCACCCGACGCCCGUGUUGCCCGCACUCGACCACGGCUAUGCUUCCGCUGAGCACGUGGGCGCCAGCGCUGCCACACCGGAGAAUAUAACGGCUGAGCAGUACCGCGUGCUGAGCUCCUUGCCGCGCGUCGUCGUGCGCGCCCUACUGCAAGUGCUGCGCUCCUUCGACCGCCCGCCGCAAAUCGACGAGAACCGCGGGUGUGCUUUCUGCCGCGCGAACGGCGAACGCGUGUCGUACUACCAGUCGCACUCGCUGCGGCGCGGCGGCCGCGUCACCUGCCCCGUGCUGCGAGAGCACGUGUGCGCCCGCUGCGGCGCCACCGGCGACUCCGCCCACACCAAUAACUACUGCCCGCUCGCCUCGCAGCUCGAGCGUGAACGAUCGGCGGCAAUAAUGCGCAGCGUGCGCAUGUCGUCCGAGCGGCGACGCUGGCAGCGCGAGCGAGGACCGGCGCGGCUGGGACAAGCAGCGCCAUCUAUGUCGCCUGCCGUCACUCACGGCGACAGGGUCUACAGCGGUGAGGAUACGCUCGACCCCGUCUGGGCAGAGUUAGAGAAAAAGUUAACGCAGUAAAUUACUAAUUAUAUCAUACCCAAUUGAUAAUUAAAGGCGUUAGCUUUAUUUUACUACUUUACUAUUUUGUACUUUUGUUUC